GGUUUCAGAGGGUUUUUGGCCAUCCGAGAGGGAUUGGGAGGGGAGAGAGCCCGUCCAAACUGCCUUUUGUAAUUGUUUCCCGGUGGUGAAGUGAGAGACAGACAGACACACACACACACACAGAGAGAGAAAACAAUGAGUUGAACCGAAUUCUGGAUAAGAGACGGUGCGGUGUGGAUUCUGAUCCUUGCAAGUUAUGUUUCUUCCGAGAUCCGUUCUUCCAAUUCUCUGAUCAUCUGCUGUUUUGCCUGAAAGUUCGAAGUUCUUGGUCUCUGGACGAACGUUUUGGUGAAAUUUUUAAAGGACCGGAGUGCCUAAGCUUGUUAGGUAGUUGGCAGACGUUCAUUUGUCUCAACUUCUUUUGGAUGACAAAAGAUAUUUAAGAAAUGCUGGUUUUUUGCAUUUGUUGAAUUUCUUGUUUAUCACUGAGAUAUGGUGUUGAAGAGGUUAAGCUAUGGGUUUAUUGGCUAUCAGGUGCCUCCCGUACCAAAAGCUACAAGAUCAGCCAGGGUAAAUAUCCUUGAUUUUACCUGCCAAGCUAUUAACCAUAGGAGAGGUUCAUUUAGGACGAAAUUCGAUGACAAUCAAAUGUGCCCAAUUGAGUUAUUGAUUACUGCAGCUGGUAUGCUGGAGAGGGACCGUUCUCCUGGUUCUAGGAAGACAUUAACUGGAAAAGAACUGCUGACAAUUGUCAAAGAUCCUGUUAAGAAGGAGCAGCUGGAUGAAGAUGACCCUUCAAAAGCAGCAACUUGUAACCAAGGAAGAUGUGAUAGUGGUUUUUUUGUUUCUAAGCUUGUCUCUCAGAUUUCUGUUCAAAAUCAUAGUUCAGAGGAAUCUUCACAUGCUCGUAAUGAUGAUUGUUCAGGACUUGCAUCUGCAAUAACUUCUGAUUGCUCAGAGAAGGUUAUUUCUGCAGAAAAGUUGGUCGAUGCUAAAAAAAGAAAGAUUCAACUUGGAAGCUUUGGUAAUAGAGUGGAGGUGGCUUCUUCUGGGUAUGUUGAGCACUGUGAUUGUACGUUAGAAGAUGACAGUAAAAAACAAAUAAAAAGGGAGGUUUUAAAGACCAGAAACACAUUAAUUAGUAUUGGGCCUGACAUUUGUAGCUUGGACAAUAUGGAAGUUCAGGACAGGAAAGCUACUGCUCGGGUUAGUGUAGACAGUAGUUUGAAGUUUCCUUUGAGCACUGAUCGCAUUCAUAUUGGUUCUUUCCCCGCCUGUCGGGAUGAUGUAAAGUUAGAUUUUAGAGAUGAUGACGAAAACUCUUCUGGAUACAUCCAACCUAUCACAACCACAAAGGCCUUCUGGUCACCGCCUCGUAGUGGUAACCGAAGAAUAAGGAAAUUAUUGGCAUCCAAAUAUUGGAAGGUAAAUCACAAAUUGAAGGGCAAGGAAUGUUUCAAUGCUGAUUCAGAAACAAAACCCUCCUAUCAUUAUAGAAAGAAUUGUUACAGACGCCAAAGGUCUCAAAGGGAUUAUCCUCUGAAAAAGAGGAAACUUUAUCACCGUAGCUGGGUAACAAAUCCUGAUGGCGGGAGUAGAGACAUACAUAGUUCAUCUGGGAUAGAAUUUAGUUGUGAUGCUUCUGGUUCGGAUACAAGAAUGCAUGGAGCUUCAGGGACAUCAGCUUGUGUUGCAGAUACACCCUCUCAAGCCCGGGGAUCUCAUGUGAAGCUUAGAAUCAAGUCUUUCAAGGUUCCAGAGCUUUUUAUUGAGGUCCCAGAAACUGCCAGCGUUGGUUCACUAAAGAGAAUGGUUAUGGAGGCUGUGACUGCUAUACUAGGGGGUGGGCUACAAGUUGGUGUACUUCUCCAAGGGAAGAAUAUUAGAGAUGAUAACAAAACUCUACUGGAGACUGGAGUAUUUUGUGAUGAGAAGCUUGAUACUCUGGGUUUCUCCCUGGAGCCUAACCCUCCACAAGCUCCCUCAACUUUGUGUGAAAAAGAUCAUCACCUUUUACUUGCUUGCAACGCACCUCAAUCACUAACUAGGUACCCUCCUGCACCUACCGUUGCGCAUGAUGUUGUUCAUCAGAGAACUGCUGAUGUCUUGUCAGAUCCUCCAAUGAUAAAUUUGGGAAACUUCAUCGAAAGUGAUCAUGAUUUGGCACCCUCUCCUCCAGACAUGUCACUAGAUAAAAGCCCAGUGGAUUGCAAAGCAUUGGUUGCUAUUCCCGCAAUGAAAGUUGAGGCACUGGCUGCUGUUCCCAUGAGGAAAUCCAAGCGAUCUGAAGCUAUGCAGCGUAGAAUUCGUCGACCUUUCUCUGUUUCUGAAGUGGAAGCACUGGUUCAAGCUGUUGAGAAGCUUGGAACUGGAAGAUGGCGUGAUGUUAAGCUACGAGCUUUUGAUAAUUCAAAGCAUCGAACUUAUGUGGAUCUGAAGGAUAAGUGGAAAACACUGGUGCACACGGCACGAAUCUCCCCCCAGCAAAGGAGGGGCGAGCCCGUGCCCCAGGAGCUCCUGGACAGGGUCCUAACUGCUCAUGCUUACUGGACGCAGCAUCAGGCCAAGCAGCAGCACAAGCAUCAAUCCGAGACUUGCCUCUAACUCUGACAGCCUCUUCUUCGUCGGCGUUUGCUCAAGCAAAGAGAUGAUGACGAUGAGGUUUGAAGUGUGAGUCUCCAGUUUAUAUAUAUUCUGUUAGUAUGACCAUUAUGAAUAUGUAAAAAGUAAACUAUAUGGAAGGCGAGAAAAAGUAGUCUGAAAGUAAUAUAUAUAUAUAUAGCCGUAUCUAUAUAUAGCUCCAAGCGGCGAUUGCUGUCCUUGCUUGGAGAGUUUGGCGCCUGUAAAUGAAUAAGAGCUUGCUAAUGGAAUUCGUACGGUGCCAAGAUGUUGGCAUUUUCUUGUUCA